AUGAGUAUCAAUCUAGUUAAUCUCACCUUAUUGGAAAAUGAAAUAAAAGGCCCUCUUCCAAAUUCUUUUGAAAACAUGAGAUCUCUUGCACGCUUUGAUUUGUCUGGGAAUGGAUUCAAAGGGCCACUACCCAAUAUUUCAACGUUUAGUUCAUACCUUAGACGGUUGGAUGCCUCUAAUAAUAAGCUUAAUGGUACUCUGCCUAAAGAAAUUGGAGAGCUCCAACAACUCGAGUAUCUAGUACUCUACUCAAAUUCUUUCAGUGGUACUUUACCUAAAAGUAUUGGUAAGCUCCAACAACUUGAGGCAUUAGAUCUCCACUCAAAUUCUUUCAGUGGGCUUAUUCCACCAUUUCAACUAGAUAUUCUAUCAUUGAGGUCUUGCAAGUCAGGUCCACAAUUUCCUACUUGGCUCAAAACCCAAAUAAUUAUCUCAACACUUGAUCUUUCAAACUUUGAAAUUCAUGAUGAAAUCCCCAAUUGGUUUUUCAGUCAAAUUCUGACAUUGGAUUUUCUAAAUCUAUCUUCAAAUCAAUUUCGUGGUUCUGUUCCACCAUAUCUAUCUAAUGUCACGGCAUUGUUUCUUUCUAUUAAUAGAUUCAUUAAUGUAAAGACUUUUCUUUGUUACCCAAUACAAGGAUCAAUACAACUUCUUGACAUUUCCAAUAAUAUGCUUAAUGGAAGCCUCCCUGAUUGUCAGUGGAACAUGAAGGAUUUGAUUGUUGUGAAACUAGAUAACAAUAAUUUGUCUGGAGUAAUUCCUAGAUCAAUUAGUUUGUUAUCUAAAAUUCAGCAUUUGCUUUUGGGGCAUAAUAAUUUUUCUGGAAAUCUUCCUUCAUCUUUAAAGAAUUGUACAAAACUUGAAGUUCUUGAUGUCGAAUCUAAUAUUCUAGAAGGAAAUAUACCAUCUUGGAUUGGGGAAAGACUCACCAAUAUGAUUUUGCUUCGAAUAAGAUCAAAUAAUUUCUAUGGAAUUAUACCAUCAAAUCUAUGCCAUCUUCAAUCUGUUCAAAUAUUUGACAUGUCCAUAAAUGCUAUAUCUGGAUAUAUUCCUUCAUGCAUAAAAAAUUUCACCUCUAUGGUAGCCAGGAACAAGUUUAAUGAUCAGACAGACAUUUGCACAAUGGCUGGCAUUGUACGGUCUGAUGUUAUUAUAUCGAUCAUGUGGAAAGGUAUUCUUCGUGAGUAUAGCAGCACUCUUGGAUUAUUAAGAGUGAUUGAUCUCUCAUGUAAUUUGAUUGGAAAAAUUCCUGAAGAGUUAACAAAUCUUGUUGAAUUGGUUCAACUUAACCUUUUAAGGAAUAAUUUGAAUGGAACUAUCCCUACGGAGAUCGGGAACUUGAAUAAGUUAGACUCUCUAGAUUUAUCCCACAACAAGCUUUGUGGUGUAAUUCCAACAAGCUUGGCAAGCAUAUCUUCUUUGUCGUUCUUGGAUUUGUCAAGUAACAAAUUAUCAGGAAGAAUCCCCACCGGCACUCAACUACAAAGUUUUGAUGCUUCGAUGUACAUUGACAAUGAUGGAUUGUGUGGACCUCCAUUGACCAAAUCAUGCGUUGGAGAUGAGUCACCAAAUGGUUCUCGAGAUCACUCGGGUGGUACUGAAGGUUUUUUUAACGAUGGAGAAGAAUGGUUUGACAUGUCAUGGUUUCAUAUGGGAAUUGGGGUUGGAUUUGGAAUUGGAUUUGCUGGAGUUUGUGGUAAUUUAUUACUCAAUGCUUCUUGGAGACGUAACUAUUUCCAUUACAUGGGCACCAUUGGAGAUUGGCUUUAUGUGACGAUUUCUGUCAAAACAAAUUUAUUGAAGAGGAGGUUCCUUAAUUAGAAGAAGGUGUAGCUUUGAAGUUUCAAGAGUUUGCAAUUAGAAGUAUCAAGAUGUUUAUUCAUUAGAUUAUGGCUCCAAAUAAAAUCAUCAUCUUUAUUUAGUAUUUGUAUCUUUGAAUGUAUUACAUAAAAGUAUUCUCUGUGUGAUUUAC